CGUACGAAUCCGCCCAGCCUUUUACAUUUGCGCUCAUACUUCCGACUGCACUCAGGAUACAUGGAAAACGAUUUCGCUUUGUUAAUGUCCGCAGGGAACAGCUCUUAAAUUGCAGUCGCAAAAAAAUCAAUAAUCACUUCUUAACUGUGUUUUGAUACAAGUCGAAAAUGUGAUUUUUCUCAAGGGGGAUAUAGAUUUGUAAAAUGGUUUUGGGACCCGGCGUCUCCACAAGGAAAUGGGAGUUUCUGCAUUUAUGGGUACAUGAAUCUAAGUUCCGGGGGCCCGAUGCCUGUGAUGGAGGAAGUAGAUAUCAGCGGCAGUGAGAGCAACAGCAUGCCGAAGAGGAUUGCUCUCAUCUGCUUCCUUUCCCUGGUGAUGCUCAUGAGCGUCCUGGGGAACCUCCUGGUCAUGACAGCUGUCUGCAAGGACCGCCAGCUCAGGAAAAUCAAGACCAACUACUUCAUAGUAUCGCUGGCCUUUGCAGACCUGAUGGUGUCAGUGCUGGUGAUGCCGUUUGGUGCCAUCGAACUGAUCCACCAGAACUGGAUUUAUGGAGAAACCUUCUGCCUGGUCCGGACAUCUCUAGAUGUACUGUUGACAACAGCCUCCAUAUUACACCUAUGUUGCAUAGCUUUGGACAGGUACUAUGCCAUCUGCUGCCAGCCGCUGGUCUACAGGAAUAAGAUGACACCACUGAGAGUGGCUCUUAUGUUAGGAGGAUGCUGGGUAAUCCCCACCUUUAUAUCCUUCCUACCCAUAAUGCUAGGAUGGAACAGUAUCGGAAUAGACCAUUUGAUAGAGGAACGGAAGUUCAGCGGUGAUGCAGCCAACUCGACAUCGUGUGUCUUCAUGGUCAACAAGCCCUACGCUCUGACGUGUUCCGUGGUGGCCUUCUACAUCCCGCUGAUUCUGAUGGUACUGGCCUACCAGCGUAUCUAUGUGACUGCACGGGCGCACGCACGCCAAAUCAGUGUGCUGCAGCGGGCUGGGGGCGCGGCCGCCUCGGCAGACAGCGCCGACCACCAGCGCAACCACCGCAUGCGGACGGAGACCAAGGCGGCCAAGACUCUGUGCAUCAUCAUGGGCUGUUUCUGCCUGUGCUGGGCCCCCUUCUUCAUCACAAACGUGGUGGACCCCUUCAUAAGCUAUACAGUGCCCGACCAGCUGUGGGCAGCGUUCCUGUGGCUGGGCUACAUUAACUCCAUGCUCAAUCCCAUUCUCUAUGCCUUCUUGAACAAGUCCUUCCGCCGUGCCUUCCUCAUCAUCCUCUGCUGUGGGAGAAAGCGUUACAGCGUCAGGCGGCAAUCCAUACUGGGACCGGGGCCCCCCUGCUCGGCCACACAGAUCAACGGCUCCACGCAUGUGCUCAAGUAA